AUGAGUUUGUUUGUUGCUCGUUUAGCUGAUCAUUUGUUGCUGUUGUUGUAACAUUAAAAAUGACUUCAAAAUCGAUUGACGAGGCCGAAAAAAAACUUGAAAAGGAAUUGUUUAAACAAUUCAAAGACAUAAAUCCAGAUGAUCUAAUUCGUGGAAAAACACCCGAUGAUAUAAGUAAUCGAUGUUUUAAACUUGUUCAGAUUUAUAUGGCAAAUAAUGAUCAAUGGAAACGAUUAUGUAAAACAACGAAUGAUUUGAAUGUCCGUCGAAUAAGCGGUGGUUUGACUAAUCAACUUUAUUAUGUUGGUUUAAACAAUAGCAUCAAUGAAACCGAUAAUGCAAUAACGAUUAAAUUCUAUCAAAGUAAACAUUUUAAAAAAGAUGUUAUCGAUGAUGAUUCAGAUGAUGAACGAUUGAGUGAUACAAUCAUUUCAAUCAUCAUCAGUGAACGUGGAAUAGGACCAAAAGUGUUUGGUAUAUUACCGGAUGGUAUAAUUCAAUCGUAUCAUGAGCAUGAACAAUUUCGUCCGAAACAUCAACACAAUGAUCGAUUGCUAAAAAAACUAGCAUAUCUUCUAGCACAACUGAAUAAUUUGGAUAUUCCAAUUGCCAAGGAUAAAUUCUAUUUGCUUGAUAUUAUAACGAGUUAUAGUCAUGAAGGAUAUCGACGCCAUAACGUUUCAUCACUAGCUAAAGAAUUAAAUCUUAGAUAUCUACUUGAAAAUGAUUUCCUUGCCGAAAUGGAUUGGUUCGAUUCGUUCAUUCGACACUAUCUGGAUCAAUGUCCUAUGGUUUUCAAUCAUAAUGAUUUUCGUGGCAGCAACAUAAUGGUGUUGAAAGACAGUGAGGAAAUGCUUCUUUGUGAUUUCGAAUAUAGUUCAUAUGGAUUUCGUGGAAACGAUAUAGCAACAUUUCUUAUGGAAUGGGAUCGAAACUUUCUUGAUUUCGAUGAUACCGGUCUUCCAUCUGAUGAUGUUAUUGAAAAAUUUAUCCAACUUUAUCUUGAAGGUUGGGAACAAAUUGAUCCUGGUUAUUCGACAAGAGCAGAAAAUUCAUGUCAGAAGAUAAUGAACGAAACAAAAAUCGGUUGCUUAUUUGUUCUCAUUAAUAUUAUGGCAGUAACUUUGCAUCAAAAGGAAUCAAUUUUUGCAGAUAUUCCAUUUGAACCUAAAAAAAUUAUUACAGGAGUGAAUUUCAUGUUCAAACGGUAUUUGAACUUUAAAAAUUUAUUGAUUGAAGAAAAAAUUAUUGAUUAUUAAUACUGAAAUGAUGAAAAGAAA